AUGAGGAAUCAUCAUCAUCAUCAGGAGCCUCGAUCAAGCUCUUCAUGCGCAGCUUGCAAGUUCCUCAAGAGACGUUGCACUUCCAGCCGCAUCUUCGCUCCACAUUUCCGAUUCGACGAGCCCAAGAAGUUUGCCAGAGUCCACAAAGUCUUCGGCGCCAGCAACGUGAGCAAGAUCUUGAUCGAAGUCCCCGAGGAACAGCGUGAAGACACGGUGAAUACCUUGGCUUACGAGGCCGAGGCCAUGCUUAGAAACCCUGUCUAUGGCUGCAUUGGCGCCAUAGCCAUGUUGCAGAAGAGAAUGGUCGAGCUCCAAGUCUAUCUUGCCCUCGCCAGAGCUCGACCGGCUCGAUGCGCCGCUUCCAUUUCUUCUCCGCCGACCUCUGCCUCUACUUCCGUUACUGGAUUGGAAACGUACGGUGAAUGUGAAUUCCCGGCGGCCUGCGGCAGAUUGUUCGAGGGCUUUGGCAAUAGUAAUCACCAGUCUGAGUGGAGUCAAGAUGAACCCACCGGCAGCGAUUUCGAGCAAUUCCCGUAUAUGUUCUGA